UUGACUUUCUUUCACAGUACAAUCGCGAUGCCUACCUUGGAUCUCUACUACAUGCCCAGCCCCGGUGCCAGUCGCGCUGUUAUCAUGACUGCCAGGGCUGUCGGUGUCGAAUUGAACAAGAAGGUUGUGGAUGUCUUUGCGGGGGAACACUUGAAUCCGGAUUUCGUGAAGAUCAAUCCACAGCACACCGUUCCCACUCUGGUGGAUGACGGAUUCGUGCUGUGGGAGUCGCGUGCCAUUCUCAUGUAUCUGGCGGAGAAGUACGGCAAGGAUGACUCUCUCUACCCCAAGGAUCCUCAAAAGCGUGCUUUGGUCAACCAGCGUCUCUACUUCGAUUUGGCCACGCUUUAUGCCGCCAUUUCCGGUUACUACUACCCGGCCUUCAGCACUGGCAAGUUCGGCACUCCAGAGGCGUUCAAGAAGCUCGAAACUGGAUUUGAAUUCCUCAACACCUUCCUGGAGGGUCAGAAAUAUGUGGCCGGCAGCAACCUAACCAUUGCUGACAUUUCCAUUCUGGCUACCAUCUCCACGAUCGAAGCAGUGGACUUCGACUUGUCGAAAUAUCCGAAUGUGGAACGGUGGUACGCAAAUGCCAAGAAAGUGACGCCCGGCUGGGAGGAGACCCGGCCAGGACUCGAUAUAAUGAGAGCCUUACUUUUGCUUUUAAUCGCGAUGCCUAAUUUGGAUCUCUACUAUCUGCCCAGUCCCGGACCCAGUCGGGCUGUGGUCAUGACUGCCAAGGCUGUCGGUGUGGAGUUGAACAAGAAGCUCCUGAACCCCAAGUUGGGAGAGCACCUGAAGCCGGAAUUCUUGAAGCUAAACCCACAGCACACCAUUCCCACCCUCGUGGACGAUGGAUUCGUCAUUUGGGAGUCGCGUGCCAUCCUCAUUUAUCUGGUGGAGCAGUACGGCAAGGAUGAUUCCCUCUACCCCAAGGAUCCCCAAAAGCAGGCCCUGAUCAACCAGCGUCUGUACUUCGAUAUGAACACCUUGUAUGAAGCCUUUGCCAGCUACUACUAUCCACUGCUCCGAACUGGCAGCUACGGCGACGCUGCAGCGUGGACGAAGGUGCAAAAUGCUUUCGAGCUGCUCAACACCUUCCUGGAGGGACAGGACUAUGUGGCUGGCGGCCAGCUAACCAUUGCGGACAUAUCCAUUCUCGCUACCAUCGCCACGAUCGAGCUGGUGGAUUUCGACUUGACGAAGUAUCCGAAUGUGGCCAAGUGGUACGCAAAUGCCAAGAAGGAGACGCCCGGCUGGGAGGAUACACUGGAAGGUUUAUUGUCCAGGAAACACUUGUUUGAUGCCAAGAAGCCAGAGUUUAAGUAGAAUUUAAGUCAUUUUAGUGUUAUAUUAAAGAAAAACUAAGCAAUAAAAGAGCGUCGCAAAAUAUAUAUGGUCCUUUUUCAAUGCAGAUAUAAA